AUGAAGGCACAUUUUUUAGAAAGAGAAAUGCUGAAGUCCGACAUAAGUUACAUACUGGACUAUGGAGCUGAAAUAUUCUUGUGGAUAGGGAUGACAACACUAGUUUCAGAGAAGAAGACAUCUGCUACAGCAUUAGAGGAAUAUGUACACUUACAAGGCAGAUCAUCAAUUGGUCAUACUGUUAUAAUGACCGAAGGUCAUGAAGUUGCCGACUUUAAGCUGCAUUUUCAGCACUGGCCUAAGAAUGGUGUGCAGAAGUUGUACGAGACAGGGCGGGAGAAAGUGGCAGCAAUUUUCAAGCAUCAGGGCUAUGAUGUUGCAGAAAUUCCAGAUGAUAAACCUCGGCAGCUCAUCAGUAGUAAUGGUUGUUUGAAGGUUUGGCUGGUGGACCGUGGUUGUGUAACCCUCCUUUGCACCGAGGAAUAGGAGCAACUUU